AUGGCACAAAACCUUGCCAAGCUUAAAGUGGAAGAGAAGCCGUUGUUUGUGCCUCCAGUGGAGGAUGUGGUACAAGCUCUACAAGAUGGUCUAGCUUCAUAUUUUGGCAGUGUGAGUGUUGAAAGUGUUGAGUGUCCAGAUCUGACAGCCGAGCCAUUUUGUCUUGUGGCUCAAGGGCUCUGUGGCUCACCGAGAGUUGUGGAGGUCGGAGGAGUAUCAAACUUCAUGCCACUGUACAACCCGGACAAAAUUUACGACUUGAAAGACUUCAACCAAUUGUUGGCAGUAGACCCAGUGGUGGCCCUUGGGACAGGUGCAGGUCCCUUUCUUGACAACCACAGAUGCUGUGAGCUGUUGGCAAAUGCUCGCAUCUCAAAUGGUGAAGUCCAAAGUUUGAACAGGAUAGCGAAAGUGACAAAUGAAAACGACAGAGGAUACAUAGUGCAGUUCUUACCAAAGAAUGAGACGAAAUUUGUGCUCAUGGCUAAUUUAUUUGUCUCAAAUGGGAAACCUGGGAAAGUGCUCAAGAUCCACUGCAAGAACCGAAUAAGGGAUGAAGAUUUCCCGGCUGCUGUGAGGAAGUGUUUGGCAGAAAAAUUUAAAGGUAAAGCGUUGGGACUGGGAGGCGUGUUCCUUGUGGAAGGCAGCAAGGUUUGUCAACACAUCCCACCCGAACAGUUCUCCAAGGUUCCGAUAACAAGUCCCGAGCAACUCAAUAACUGGCUCAAAUUCUUCAACAUGAACCCUCCACUAGUGUUUGUUGGGACCAUCCUAACCCACGAUAUGGGUUUAGAGAUGAUUUUACAGCACUUCCAUUCCUUCAGCAGUCAUGGUGAAGGAGGCCACUACCAUUUUGACACCGACCCCCAUACUGUUGAUUACUUGGCAUACUUCAGUCUUGCAGAGAAGGCUGUGCAUGUAGACCGCCCACAGUGUACCUCUACUCUUAAAGUGGACAAUAUCCAGCCAACCCAAUCUUGA